CAGGAAGUGAAAUAACCCUCCACAUCACAUCCGUCAACCACAACAAAAAUAUAUCUACAGUAAGACAGCCCGAGCAACUUUUGCCCUAACAGUCCAUAGAUGCUGUCUGGUGCUCCAAAGGGGGAGAACUGUCUCGUAGACAUGGACAGCAAAGCUGGGGAUCUGUUCAGUGCUGACGAUGCUCAUCCAACUGGCACAGGGGGUGCUGGAAUCAUGGCAAAGCUCUGGCUCCCAAAAGGCUUCUCAGCCAGUAUGGCCAAAGAGUGGAUUGACAAGCGCAGGAUGUCCAUUCGCCCAUGGGCAGGCUUUGUGGACCAACGCAAGUUUUCAAAACCCCGCAACUUUGGGGAGUUUUGUCAGAGGGUGGUAAAAAAUGUGGAAAUCUACAACAGCAACUAUACCUUCAUCUUCCUGGGUCUCAUCCUCUACUGCAUUAUCAGCUCUCCUAUGUUACUGAUUGCCUUGGCUGUGUUUGCUGGUGCCUUCUACAUAAUCCACCUCAAAUCCCUGGAGUCCAAACUAGUUAUUCUUGGCAAGGAGCUGAAUGUCCCCCACCAGAUGAGUCUUGCUGGAGCCGUCUCUCUACCGGUGUUCUGGUUGGCUGGAGCUGGCGCUGCAGUCUUUUGGGUUCUGGGAGCGACACUGUUUGUGAUUGGCUCUCAUGCUGCGUUCCGCGAACUGGAGGGAUCUGACAUAGAAGAGCUCAUGAUGGAGCCUGUGUGAAGAGCAACCUUAACUGCUCAUUGACCACCACUCUUUAUUUUUUGACCCUUUUAAUCACGUCAGCCCAGUGGAGUUUGGGAGAAACUGCUCCUCGAUCCUAGUGCUUAGUUACAUGUGCUGUAUGUAUACCCUCAUUUUAAACUUAAGCCAGUGUACCAAGAAUGCACCUUGUCUUGCCUCAGAAGUAAUUGUUGUUACAGACUGUAUAGCCUUUUUAGGACUCAUCCAUUUUCUUGUAAAGCGUAUUCAAGCACAUUGUCAUACACAUUAUAUGCCUUUUUCUACAUAUUGCGCACCUUGGAUGCCUCUGGUCUGUGUCAAAUAGCCUCUCGUUCUCUGCAUUGUCCCUUAAACAGUGACAGACCUCGCAACUUAAAACACACCUGCCCUGAAACCUCCACUGUCUAUACAGAAUGGGUACAGUUUGGGAAAUAGUUUCUGGGUCUAAACUGUCUAAUGGGAAUUCAGAUUUCUUAUAUGAAGGUAAUGUUCACAAUUGUUUAAGAAAAAGGAUUCAUUUUCCAAAGAAAAUUUACCAUUUAAAGCUUUAAAGAUAUGUAUCUCUUAUUAUGAUCAUGCACAAAUAAUUCAAUAAUUCAAGACAAUGCACAAACUCAUUUAUUUCAGACAGACUACUUAAUAUCGACUGGUUGAUGAGAAGAUGAUGCAAAAAAUAUUUAGUUGGUUUCCAUUAUUUAGUAUAGAUAGAUGGGUAAAAGACAUCUUCAAAGGUCAGUAUGUAGUAAUGGUAUCUUGUAUUGGGAACAAUGUGGUACUUUGCUUAUUGUCUAUAUCUAUAUAUGCAUAUUUCUCAGCUGUGCUCAGAACAUUUAGAUCUGAAGGGCAUUCUGUAAAUUUCUUUAAUAAAAAAUUCAUUAUUCAUUUGUUUACAUUUAAAUGUACGAUUUUGUAUUUAAAUUAGGUUUUGGGUGUGCAAUAAACCCAUUCAUGGA